CUGCUCUUCUCUAGCCGGUGGGGAAAGGAAGCAGACUUUGUUCCUAACUCUCCCUGUUUGACACCAACUUGCGUUAGGGACAACGUUACAUUUCUUUAGAUCAUUUUUUCUCCAACUACCCCACAUAUAAGGUUAAGGCUCUGAGAAGAGGCGUUCUCGCAACCACCAGGUGACGAUAGCCAUGAAGUGGGGCUUGGUGUUUUUGGGGGUCUUCCUAUCUCUGGGGACUCUGUCCUGGGGGGAGAAGGGCUUGGAGAUCCCAGAGUAUGAUGGCAAAGACCGCGUCCAUGACCUCAACGCCAAGAACUACAAGUCCGUCAUGAAGAAGUAUGACGUGAUGGUGAUCUACUACCACAAAUGUGCGGAUGGGAACCGCAGUGCCAUGAAGCAGUUUCAGAUAGAGGAGCUGGCUUUGGAGCUCGCAGCCCAAGUGCUGGCCGAUCUCGACGAUGAGGACAUUGGAUUCGGCCUGGUGGAUGAAAAGAAGGACUCCGCUGUUGCCAAGAAGCUGGGUCUGGAUGAGGUGGAGAGCAUCUACAUCUUCGCCGACAACGAGAUCAUCGAGUACGAUGGAGAGCUGGCCGCAGACACCAUUGUUGAGUUCCUCUAUGAUGUGAUUGAAGACCCCGUGGAGGUCAUCGACAACGAGCGCGAGCUGAAGGGUUUCCACAACAUGGAUGAGGUCAUCAAGCUGGUCGGCUAUUUCAAGAGCGAGAAAUCUCCACACUUCAUCGAGUACGAUGACGCCGCAGAGGAGUUCCACCCCUUCGUCAAGUUCUUUGCCAUAUUUGACCCCAAGAUCGCCAAGAAGCUGAAGCUGAAGAUGAACGAGGUCGAUUUCUACGAGCCGUUCAUGGAGGAGCCCGUCACCAUCCCAGGAAAGCCCUACCUCGAGUCCGAGCUUGUCGAUUACAUCGAACAGCACGACAGGCCCACCCUGAGGAAGCUCGAGCCUCACAGCAUGUACGAGAUCUGGGAGGAUGACAUCGACGGAGAGCACAUCGUUGCCUUUGCUGAGGAAGAUGACCCAGACGGUUUUGAAUUCCUGGAAAUCCUGAAGGAGGUGGCCCGCGAGAACACUGACAACCCCAACCUCAGCAUCAUCUGGAUCGACCCUGACAAUUUCCCCCUGCUGGUGCCCUACUGGGAGAGGACCUUCCAUAUCGACCUGUCUUCUCCUCAGAUUGGUGUGGUUGAUGUGGUGGACGCCGACAGCGUGUGGAUGGAAAUGGACGAUGACGAUGAUAUGCCGACAGCUGAUGAGCUUGAGCAGUGGAUCGAGGACGUUCUGUCGGGAAAGAUCGACCCAGAUGAUGAUGAUGAGGAUGAAGACGACGACGACGACGACGAUGAUGAUGAUGACGAUGACGACGAUGAGGAUGAUGAUGACGACGAUGAGGAUGAUGACGACGAUGAUGAUGACGAAGACGAUGAUGAUGAAGAUGAUGAUGACGAUGAUGAUGACGAUGAUGAUGACGAUGAUGACGAUGAUGAUGAAUAAAUGCUAGCUAACAUCUAUCACAUCCCUUUUAUUAAGCCAGUAAUGGCAGAACCCAAAUGAGGCACCACUUUUUAAACGUCUUACAGCAAACGCACUUUGUGUCUGUUUGCUUCCUGUACGGUUUCCUGCAAGGGACAAAAAUAAUGACCCUAUGGGAGCCUCUUUAAUAUCAGUCAGGGAAGGAGAUUGUAAAAGAAGCAGAGCAUUCAUAACUCUGUCCAUGAACAGGGUUGAAGGGUUUCUUUGUUACUGUAUUAAAACCUGUUGACUUCUCACCUUUUACUUUCACAAUGAAGAGGCUGGCAGAGGCUAACUUCCCCCUUUUUUUUUUCUACAGUUCCUCACAUUAACUGUAAACCUGUUUCAAUGACAUGUUUUCUACUUGAUGAAGAGAAGAAACAAUCACUUUCAUGUACUAUUUUAAAGAAGGAAAUAAACUUACCUCACUGGACAGUCUUAAGAUUAUUACAAUCUUGGAAAACUAAAGUGUCUGAUGGAAAAAAAAAAAUCAACAUGAUUGGUUUCUGCUCUCAUAAUAAAAAUGAAAGACACAA